CUCUUGAAACGCUUGCGCACUGCAAGUUUUAAAAAUACCUGAAGAGUUCAGUUUUUCAAUCCAAAAUCAUCAAACUUGAAUUUCACAGUUUAGCUUCCUGUAAACCAGAAAAAUGACACAAAUGUUUGACAAACUGCGUAAGGAUUUUCAAUUAUUAGCAUUUUGGACAGUGCAGUGCAUCUGGAUUAUCGGGGCAGCCAAGUUGGCCGAAGGGGCCUACGGAAAUGUCGUUUCCUUACCCGGAGAGUGCCGUGAUGUCAAUGGGAAGAAAGUCGAGCAAGACGCCCAUUACGUUCCUCCUGGAUCAGAUGCUUGUCGCUUGUGCUUAUGCGAUAAUGGUCACCCAAAGGCGUGCAAAGCUGUAUUAUGUACGCCACCGCAUGAUUGUAAGUCGUUUCAAAUUGGCAAUUCAUGCUGUGAGUUCAUCUGCCUGGACGAUACCCUGGCAAAUAGUUCCGAAAAAAAUUACGAUUUCGGAAUGUGACUGGUGGCCAGCGGUGUGACCGCUACUCUCUCACUGACGCUGCUCUUUUUCCUGAUAAAUCGUUUGCGCCAGCGGAAAACACAAGUGCGCGAAGUACGUCAGGCGAUAGACGAUCAGCGUAACAUGGGUAGUAUCGGUUACAUCGGUGGCAACAUCGGUUACAUUGGUGCGGGUUCACUGAACAUGGACUAUCCGUACGAGCACGGCACUACGCAUUACCAAUUGUGGAAACCGCCCGGAAGUUAUUUUGCCCGUGGCGAAGCUCCUCCGCCAUAUGAAGAAGCGAUUGCCCUAGCGCAGGCUGAAUCCCUGAAUACAUGCACCGUGAGCGUUGCAACAUCCACGCAAAGGCAAUAUCCCAUUGCCAUGACAGAAUCGGAGGCUUCUCAGACUAUAACUGCGAAUACAACGAACCUGAUCAACAUCAAUAUCAACAAUGGGGGGAAUCUUACUGCGACAGCUAGUGGCGAGAACCAUGUAGCCGGUAAUGAAAUUGAUGCUAACCUGACAAAUGACCAUGCUCAGAUUGACCCAUCGUCAAAUGUAAUAGAUACUAUCGAUACUGAUGUAAUUAAUCACGAAAAUUGCAUGUCUUUCCCAACUAACUACUAUACCAUACCAACAAGUGCAUCCGAAGUAUGCACGAACCAAAAUUGCGAUUUAAAUACCCUUAGCAAUAACUGUAAUUUUACUUUGCCCGUGAGUAGCGUUAAGGAAGUCCAAACAUGCUUAAAUCAGUCCGGUUCAUCGUUGGCUAUAGGGAGUAUUGCACAUGUGAUACCAAAAGAUAGAGCCACCGAACGUUACACCGAACAUUGCGAAAAUUCCAAUAAUCGUAGAAUUUUGCCACCUCCGGUAUUUGAUAAUAUACCACAUGAAACUACUGCCAAUACUGCCAACGAUGAGUUAGCACCAGUGGCUAAAUUCCGUACUACUCCAGGCAAAAGAUAUCACCGUACAAUUCCAAGACAAUUUGCUGCCGUUGAUCCAAUCAUAAAUCCACUGAAAAAUACCCGGAACGAUAUGACGGUGGUGAAUGCAAACAAUGCCUCCUGUAUGGGUAGCCGAGAGUCGCAUGGUAAAUUGGAUCGUAUGGAGGCCGGUUACAAUGGCUCCAAACGAGCCCUAUCCUGUCAGUGUCCAAUUCAACAUAUGCCCAUGUCUUAUCUAUCGUCGCAUUCCUUAGGUUUGGCCCCUACUGGCAACGAGACACUUACGACUCCCUCCAACAGUAAUAGGCGUAUUAUGACUAUGAAAAAACGUGUUAUCAAUGAUGGUACUUCGAGGCAGCAUGUGAAUAUCUCUCAUCACGCCGUUCCACCGACUAACGCUCAACAAGUUGCUUUACAAAAUCCUUCAGCUGCAUGCAAAGGAGGAACCUUAAAGAAAAACACUGAAUAUGCCGAACGCAAUGUGUAUUCCAACAACACUCAUGUUAAAAUACAAAGCCACAACGGGUCGGAUUUUAACAUUGAAGAUCAGCAUGCUCAAACUGAUACUCAGAUGGGUCUUAAGAAACAAAAUUCUCUAUCCCGCAAAGCGUCAUUCUCAAACGAGCGUAUAUUGAAUUUUAAUCCGAUUCUCAAGAAUGGAUUGUCCAAAAAUGAUUCUGAUAAUAGUGCAAUUCGUGUCGACACCGACAUUCAUAUAUCAACAAUCAUUCAACCGAACGGUUGCACGAACGAUCACGAACUACAUCGUAAAUCGAUGAAUACUAUGUAUGUAGAGCAGAAUCCAGAGCUCCCGCCAAAAUUGCAUAAACAUAGCAUAAACAGCAACGGGCGUUCUUCAAAUAUUCACCACAAAUCUUAUUACAGUAACUCCAAAACGCAUACGAUUUCCAAACCAUCUUCGGAUAAUGCAAAGUUUUCCAUACCUGCACCAAACGGUUCUACGGGCUAUGUAAAAUCAACAUCUACCAAACAAGGGAAGAACAAUUACACGAAAUCAUUGCCAAGAAAUGUUAUUUCCGCUAGUCAUGGUUAUGCACAAGAGUCUAAAAGCACAGAACAGCAAUCUUGCACAAGCUCAGAAAAUAAUUCAAAUGCUAAUGUAAACUUUAAUACUUUGCCAAAGAAAGCUAGUAAAAUAAGUACUCGUAGUUCAAAUUUACUAACAGAAGUAGUUAAUAAGGUUCCAUCAGUCAUUAAUAUACCGUCACCACUGCAGCCACCACCGCCAUUACCAAUCUCAGCCGACCGCUGUGCUGCUUCUGGCCCAACGGAAAUCAGUCCAUUAACUCAGAUAUCUUCAACUAUGUUUCUCAAUGCUAACACUAAACGAUCACAGCUACAGUCGGCCAGUAAAAAGAUUUCCAGUGGUCAAGUUUUCGUAGAUCAUUCCAUAGAACUUCGUCCAAUUAACCCUAACACGUGUGGUGGAGGAAAUUCUGCGUUAAACAAAGGAGAAAAACCUUUGCCCGUUCUUACCACCUCAACCAACUGUGCUAACCCCAAGGAACACUUUCUUCCCAAUGAUAACAGCUUAGAUGACGACUACUUAAGUGAAUGCGAAAACUGCAAAUCUGCACAUGGUUCUCGCUACUACUUGGAGGAAGAAAUAGACGAUGUUCCCCAGGAAACAAUGACCUUACAACGAAAAAUGCCCGAAAAUGAAGAAGAUCAGCAAAACUAUUACCGUGUCUCCUCGACACUGCCGACCAACACAAGCAGGAAGACCCCUACCGUUAAAACCAGAGAAACUUGGUUUACAACAAUUCCGGCAAGCUCGUCAUCCGAAGAAGAAGAAGUAGCUGAAUAGGAAAAGGAUCCCAUAUGAUAGCGAUGUAGAAUGUCGUAAUUAUAGAUUUGAAAAACUAUUUUCCCUUAUAUAGAUGUACAAUUUAAUCUUAAACUAAAUACUGAACAUAGGUAUCCAAAAGUUUUAUUUAUGUGCUGGACACAUGCGAUUCCGUUUCAGUUAAGGGUUCAUCUUUAAGUAUUUAUUUUAUCUCGUUGAACAUUAAACUUUAUUCCUGAAUAAGCAUGUUAAAAAUUAUGAAUGAAAAUGAUAACAAAGUAUUCGUGAUGAUUGAAUUCCUUA